CCCUGUCAACUGCACGAGGAAGACUUGAUCAUGAGCGGAAGAGGCAAAACCGGCGGCAAGGCUCGCGCUAAGGCCAAGACCCGUUCUUCUCGCGCCGGGCUCCAGUUCCCGGUCGGCCGCGUGCACAGGCUGUUGCGUAAAGGCAAUUACGCCGAGCGUGUGGGUGCCGGCGCACCCGUCUACCUGGCGGCAGUGCUGGAGUACCUGACCGCUGAGAUCCUCGAGCUGGCCGGAAACGCCGCCCGCGACAACAAGAAGACCCGCAUCAUCCCAAGACACCUGCAGCUGGCCGUCCGCAACGACGAGGAGCUCAACAAGCUGCUGGGCGGAGUCACCAUCGCUCAGGGCGGCGUGCUGCCCAACAUCCAGGCCGUGCUGCUGCCCAAGAAGACCGACAAGCCGGCCAAGGCCAAGUAGAGCCACAGCCGACCUCAACACACACAAAGGCUCUUUUAAGAGCCACACAAACACUGCAAUAGACGAGUCCUGCUUUCAUUACUAGUAUUAAUAUAAGUAAGGAAAGUACUGGAUGCAAAACACAAAUAACUUGAGUGUUAUCCCUUGUCAGAUCAUGAAUAAGCCGUACUUAAAUGGGUUUUAAUUAGCCUUUCCAUUUUUUUUUUCAUGCUACAAUAAACUAUAGAUGUUAAAU